CUGCGGCUUCCACCAGUGAUCUGUCUGCUCCCAGGGGACAGAGUUUCUGAAGGAGCCUCACCGGACUCGGAAACGUCAACUCCGCGCACUGCCCCCGGACCUGCUGAGCUUCGCCAGGCGAGAGGGAGGACUGCAGAUGCUGGAGAUUAGUAAAGUCAAGAUGAGAGUGGUGCUGGAAAAGCACAGCAGAUCAGGCAGCAUCUGAGGGGAGCAGGCACAUCGACGUUUCGGGCAAAAGCCCUCUACAAGGAUUUCAGAAAACAUACAGCGAAGCGGAGGCAACAUGAAGGAAGAACCUCUGGGAAGCGGCAUGAACACUGUCCGCUCUUGGAUGCAGGGAACCGGGAUCAUGGAUGCAACCUCGGCCGCUCAGAGUGGGGUUGGUCUGGCCCGGGCUCACUUCGAGAAACAGCCGCCCUCCAACUUGCGGAAGUCCAACUUCUUCCACUUUGUGCUGGCCCUGUAUGACCGGCAAGGCCAGCCGGUGGAGAUUGAGCGGACAGCGUUUGUGGGUUUCGUGGAGAAAGAUAAAGAAAUCGGUGGUGAAAAGACCAAUAACGGGAUUCACUACAGAUUACAGCUUCUCUACAGCAAUGGGAUAAGGACCGAGCAGGACUUGUACGUUCGCCUCAUCGACUCGAUGACAAAGCAGGCUAUCGUGUACGAGGGACAGGAUAAGAAUCCAGAGAUGUGUCGGGUUCUUCUCACGCAUGAGAUCAUGUGCAGUCGCUGCUGUGACAAGAAAAGUUGUGGUAACAGGAAUGAGACGCCCUCGGAUCCAGUGAUAAUUGACAGGUUCUUCUUGAAAUUCUUUCUGAAAUGCAAUCAGAACUGCCUGAAGAAUGCAGGAAACCCAAGGGACAUGCGAAGGUUCCAGGUGGUCGUCUCGACAACGGUGAACGUGGAUGGCCAUGUGCUGGCCAUUUCUGACAACAUGUUCGUCCACAACAACUCCAAACACGGUCGGAGGGCUCGAAGGCUCGAUCCCUCUGAAGGUACGCCCUCUUAUCUGGAACAUGCCACCCCUUGCAUCAAAGCCAUCAGUCCCAGCGAGGGCUGGACUACUGGAGGAGCCACUGUCAUCAUCAUUGGAGAUAAUUUCUUUGACGGAUUGCAAGUCAUAUUCGGCACCAUGCUGGUCUGGAGUGAGCUCAUCACCCCGCACGCAAUUCGAGUGCAGACCCCUCCUCGGCACAUCCCUGGCGUGGUGGAGGUCACACUGUCCUACAAGUCGAAGCAGUUCUGCAAAGGGACUCCAGGCCGAUUCAUCUACACAGCUCUGAACGAGCCCACCAUUGACUAUGGCUUCCAGCGGUUGCAGAAGGUGAUCCCCAGACAUCCGGGUGACCCAGAACGAUUGCCAAAGGAGGUUAUACUAAAGAGGGCGGCUGACUUGGUGGAGGCGCUUUAUGGAAUGCCACAUAACAACCAGGAAAUAAUCCUGAAGCGAGCAGCUGACAUUGCAGAGGCCCUGUACAGUGUGCCUCGGAACCACAACCAACUCCCAGCUCUCAGUAACACAUCUGUCCAUGCAGGGAUGAUGGGGGUCAACUCCUUCAGUGGGCAGCUGGCAGUCAAUGUGUCCGAGUCCUCUCAAGCUGCCAAUCAAGGCUUUACUCGCAACACAAGCAGUGUGUCUCCUCAUGGAUAUGUGCCGAGCUCCACCCCACAGCAGACAAGCUAUAACUCUGUCACAACGAGUAUGAAUGGAUAUGGGAACGCUGGGAUGUCCAACCUGGGCGGCUCUCCAGGUUUUCUCAAUGGAUCUGCUGCCAAUUCACCAUAUGCCAUAGUGCCGUCCAGUCCAACCAUGGCCUCCUCCACCAGCCUUCCUUCAAAUUGUAGCAGUACCUCUGGCAUAUUCUCUUUCUCGCCAGCCAAUAUGGUCUCUGCAGUGAAACAAAAAAGCGCCUUCGCUCCGGUGGUGAGGCCACAGACCUCCCCUCCUCCGACCUGCACCAGCGCCAACGCUAACAGUCUCCAAGCUAUAUCCGGCAUGAUAGUUCCUCCAAUGUAGAUAGAUCCCAUGCCUUGAAGACUGCAUCUAUAUGUUGACAAUUGCGAUGAAUUUUGUGCUCCGUGAGGAGAUGAGAUGCAAGUCCCACAGACGAAUGGAACUUUUAACUCAGGCCUUUCAGAGAGGGAUUGUGUAGAGUUAAACAAUCACAGUAACACUUUGUAAAACCUUCAACCUUGCCAAUUCUGAUGAAUUGAAUGCAUGGUGGCAAUUUACAUGUUAGGUCCCAUAUAUUUGAGUGGGAAAACUAAAAGAAAUUGUUUGUUCUAUGUUGACGAAUGUUCACUUUUUUCCAAAUGCUUAAACCCAAUUUAUUCAUUUUAACAAAAAAAAAUGCCUUUUAGAGUCAGAAAGUUCUGGAAGGAACGCUGUAACAGAAUGUGAUACUUAAUUUAUAAAGAUUUGACUGAGAGAAAUUAAAAAGUAUUUGAAGGUGGAUGAACCGAGUAGCGAUAAUUAUUAAGUGGAAAAACGUAGAGAGUUUAGAAUGUGAUAGUUGGUUACAACCAGUAGAAUUGCCAGUGCGGUUUUUAACUGUAAAUGGAUUGAAAGAUGUUGAGUCUGGAUAUAACUGUGUCCAAAUUCAGCAUCAGCUGUUACAGUGCUAAUGCUGUUUCAUAGGAGAGUCCUCUUCUUGUGGGCUGGUUGGACUGUAGAUAGAAAAGAAAAACCCAAAACAGGACUUAGGAUUUACACGCAGAGAACCUACAUGUUUUAAUGAUGAUGGUUGACAUUUUAGGAAUAAGUUGCCUUGUGGGACAGCCCAAAAGGCAAAACCAAACCCUGGAGCUAUUUCAGGAGCGGUUCGAUGCUGUGAUAUAAGGGGUUGGAACUGUAGGUUCUUUCCGAAGGGAUGCACUGGCCCUGUUUAAAUGGCUUCAGUCACUCAUAUCUGUCCCUUAAGGGUGAGGGAAAGGGGGGAGGCAUGAAGGAACGGCAUCAGCUGGUAAUGUUGGAUUUUUCUUUACACUUUCUUCAUUGUGUUGCCAAUCCCAAUGCCAGCCAGCUUUUGCCGCACCUGACCCAUUGCCCGCGCUAUGGCUUCGGUAGGGUCCCAUUGUCUUGUUUCUUUCCUGAACAGAAAAAAAUAUCAGGAAAAUGAGAUGCAACUAUAGAUAACACAACCAGCACUUCAUUAAAAGAAAGGGUUUGUACAUUGUGAAGGACUUUGGAACAUGCAAUAUAGAUUUAGCUGCUGUAUUUGCAGGGGUUGAAAGGUAGACAGAAUCAAAAGUACCAGUGCUGUGUGGAGACAGAACAUGAAGGGGGAGUUUUUUUUUGAAAAUUGCUAUUUUAUUAGCACUGUAUUGAGAAUGCUCUUAAUGUACUUUAUCAAGGAUCCAUCUGAGGUCUGAUGAUGCAUUAUCCAAUAAUUUUCCGCUAUAUUGUGUUUGUAUGUAGUUAUAAAUAUUGUAGAUUUUUUGUGAAUUUUUCUUUUGCCAAAGUUGUUGUUUAAAUAUUUAUACAUUUCAAUGUCUUAAAUACAAUUUCCAAUAUUAACAAGGAAUUUUAUUGCAUAAACAUAUUUUUUUUUGCGUCCCAUUUUUUGUUACUGCAAGGAGUUCACUACUAUUCAUUUCUUUCAUCUGCUUGCACAUCCUUGCAUAAUUAAAACAUGUAUUGGUUUAAAAAUGAGAUCUGUGUUUUUUUUGUAAAAUAUGCUUAUAAAUAAUGUAUUUAUCUCUGGAAAUUUGUACAUUGCUUUGUUUGGAUUGUGUUUUUUUCCCCUCUAUUUGUUUAUUCCCUGGGUUAAUUUUAAUGUGUACGUAUGCUAAGACAUGGGAGGUGUCAACAGACUAAGCCAUUUGCAAUUGUACCUGAGUAAGAACUUGUUAAAUGUGAUUUAAAAGUUUUUGUUCGCCUUUUAUAUAUAUAUAAAUAUAUCAUAUUGCAUUUCUUUUCAAUUGAGUCGAUAUUGUGCUAAGUCUUGGUUUGGAUCAUCCUUCUCUUUUUUUUAAAAAGGUCAUGUCAGAAAAAAGCCAUCGUCUAUUUUUAUAUUUUUUUUGUAAGUCGAAUUGAAUCGUCAAGUUUUUUUUAAAAAUGUUAUGUGGCAGAGAAAAGCAGCAUCUUAUUCAAUAGCAUUUACUUCUGUAGAUUUUAAGGUGGUAAAAUUUUGGUUUCUUUCAGCUUUUGAAAGAUAGCGCUGUUUUAAGUAUAGUAAUGUGCAUGGGGUAUCCUCUCCACUCUGGGCGAUGGCCACUUCCUUUCUGCAUUAAUACAGGGAAGAAAAAUAUCAUUUAAAAUAAAAAUUUCACCUGCUUGUAUUUCUCUCUCUCUCUCUCUCUUUGCGCUCUCUCUCUCUCUCUCUCUCUAUCUCUCUCGCUCCCUCUUUUUGACAUUAAUCAAAAUUCUAUAAACCAGCAGUUCGGAUGCCUUAACAAUACAAAGCUUAUUCAUUUCAGGUACCCGAACCUGAAUUUUCAAAAAAAAAUUAAGAAAGGGAAAUCGUACAGUUAAGUAUUGUUAAAAUGAGGAAUUUGUGUUUGUUUUCUAAAAAAAAGCACAAUUUUAACUGUUUUGUUACCCUAAGAAAUGUACCUCUUUUGUUGCCAUAUGACCCCCACAGGGUAUGACAAGUGCUACAGUCAUGUCAAACUCCCAGUCUAAUAUUUCAAAGGUUUUACAAGGACACCUGGAGUCUCACUUGCGAAGUGAGAAGCAAAACAAAAUGAAGAAAUUUGAGGAUUUUUCUUAGGGGAUGAAUGAGAACAAACAAAAGCUGAUGCUUGGGAAAUGGUUAAAGCAAAAAGAGUUGCCGUUUUUUGACCAAGUGAUAAACUGUCCUUGUCCAAACCUCUUUUCAGUCUCCUUGGCUGAACUAGUGCAUACAUGUUUGAUAUCAGCUAUUGUGUAAGCGCUGGCGAUGGACGAUAUGUAAAGGAGUCGACUAGAGACUUCAGACGUGAACACUGAAAUGGAGAGGAAAGCUUGGGUGAUGGAAAAUGUGAAGCAAUGCCUCCCAGUUGCCAAUAUCAGCCGUAGUCUCAUUUAAACUGAUUGCCUUCCAAUUCCUUUAUGUGAACUGUUGGACACACUGUACAGAUAAAUGGUUAGACAAACAAACUACUGUAGAGAUUGUUAUAAAUUUUUUGCAGAAAUUUGAGCUGUAAAAAACUUUUCAACUUACACAAUAUUUAAUUAAAGUUACUUCUUGUCUGUGAAA